AUGAACAACGAUUUAUGCGAAUCAAUUGUUAAUCAUGCAAAUCAAAUAUACAUAUCAUUAGCGAAUUUGAAUGGAUAAUUAAAUGAAAAUGGAAGCAUGAGUAAUUAAUAUUUUGAUUAUUCCAAUAGCAAAUCAAAACCCUACAUCAUCCAACACGUCACCAACAUUAGGAUUAGCAUUCAUUAUGUUUACACUAUUUGCUGCAUAUGCAUUACUAUCAAUUUUUUCUCCUUAAAGAUAACCAGUUAUGUAAAAGGGCAAUAUAUAACCUUAACAGAAUAAUCAUCAUGAUGAUGAUUGA